AUGCAAGCUGUCUGUUUGGGACUGCUCCUUUUUGGUCUGACCUGGGCAACACCAACAUUUCAACCACAGGGUGAAAAGAUGAAGCAAGCCUGCUUGGAAGAACAAAGGGAAGAAAACAUCAAAGACAAAAUUGCUGCUCUUCACCAUUUCGGCAAGAGAAAAACUCAAGAGCUGACACCAAAUGAAAACACUGGCCAGGAAAGAAAGAGAGAUUUGUCGGAUUUCAGAGCCACUGAAAAUAAUCAAGAAAGCAAAUCCCAAAAUCUUUCUGAAAGUAGACUGAGAAUGAAUGAAGACUGUCUUAUUAGCAAUGAAGUAAAUGGCCACGGUGACCUAACGAUGUCCAGGAAUCCCGAAUCCUCUGCAGUCAGAAAAGCACAUGACCUCAAAGAAUCCGCUGCAGCUCUCGUCCAAAAUAAUUCUCAGUGGACAAUAGAGGCAGUUAUUUUGAGGAAACUCUUGGGAGAAGAAACCAAAAUUAACAAACCCAGAAACACUCUAAGCCAAAUCCCAGCAUAUCUGAAUGAUGCUAAAGCCCCAUCAAACAAUAAGAAAAAUUAUCAAAGAAACUCACAAAUGCAAAAUAAUCCUGUCAAAAGCAAAAUCACUUACUAUCUCCCCCCCAACACUGACUAUCUAACGCAGCUCUCCCAAGUGAAAAACAUCCCUAGUGAUUUUGAGGGCAGUGGACACGCAGAUAUUCAGGAGAAAGGAGAUCAUCUCUUCCCCUUCAGUGGAGACGGCCAGCCUUUCGAGGACAUUCUCGGUAAAGAAGGAGCUAUUAUUCCUGGCCCCGGAGAUGGCAAUAUUCAGACAGAGUUUUUUCAUCCUGCUGCAAAAGGCCCACGUUACAAUGAGCUCCCAGAGAGAGAGGAGAAUGGGAGCAGUGCCACAGGAAUUGAGGCAGGAAAAGAGGCCAGUGUGACUGGUGUGAGACUAGCAGGGGGCACCAAUGACAUCACAGGUAUCACCCACUUUAAGGGGCUACCUGGAGAGGAAGGACAGAGAGUGGACGCCAGCAGUCAAGAUGCUCACGGAGGGAAAGCUGAGUUCCACCACCCUCACACGUUCUCAAACGACAAAGGAAAGGAAGGCAGUCGGAAUGUAGAGGAAGUUCCUAAUUAUAAUGAAAUUCAAAAAAACGCUAAAGGGAGUCAUACAAAAGAGAUGGAAUAUUCCAGUAAGAACCAAGCGGUCUCCAGGGAAAAGCAAGAACUUUCUAGUAAGAGCGAAAGUCGAGACCCCCUCCUUCCUUCUCUCGGUGCUGAGAAUGAAAUUGCUUCCCAGAAUGAUCCCAGGGUCCAGGGGGCUCUAGUAACACAGAGCAGGGAAAGUCACGAUGCACAGCGUAGACGAAAUAGUAAUACUCGGAAUAAAGCGGCCUCACAAAGGGAAGACCCCUGGGCCGACAGAAAACCCUUUUCCAACAGACUCCGCCGCCCUAGGAAGCCCGACAGCAGCGAAUCAUCAUCUGACAGCAGCAGUUCAAGUGAGAGUGACGGUGACUAG